GCCUAUCGUGACGUGGGGCGCCGUGCGGUCGCAGCUGGUCUCCGCCGCGUCCUUCGCGGGCUGCGGCGGCCGGCAGGAGGCCUCGCCGACUCGUGGGACGAGAGCAUCGACAGGAUGCUGAAGGACGAGGUCGUCGCCGAGGGGGCCGACUGGCUGGACGACUCCGCCGAUGCCCAGCAGGUGCUCCGCAGCGCCGCGCGGAAGCUGCUCGCGGACCUGGUGAGCGAGACCGCCGCCGAGAUCCUGUGGGUCUGCUCUUGA